AGGUGAAACAAAGAUCACUGCUACAGUUCUUAUGGAGAAGGUUUUAGAGGUUGAGGAAUCAGAGGAUUGCUCACAGACUGCACCACAAGCUACUGCUACAACAACAAGCUCAGCAACAGCAGCACAAGCCAACACUGAAACAGAUAAAGAAGUGACAAAGCCUGAAGAAAGUAAAGAAGCUACAACUAAGAGUAAGGCAGAACAGAAGACAGGGAAAUUUGAUACAUCUAAAGGAAACAAAAGCAAAGCUCAUGUUGAAGGAAAAGUUAAACUUGGUGAUACAGAGAUGGAACCUGAACCUGAUGAAAAUUUGAUUAUGCAGUGUCAAAAAUGCCAACAGGUUGAUACUUUGGAAGCACUUUUAGACGACGAUACUGAGAAAGAUUCUUUCCUAGAUCAGCCUACUGUAUGUUUGGAACACCCAGACACUAAAGAAUCCAUGGAGCAUUUAAAAAUCAUUGAAGAAGAUGUAGAAGAUCCAGUUAUAGAAACUAUAGAGAAUAUACAAAGUAUCUUGAAUGAAUUAACUGAAAAUUUAAAUAAAAAUGUGUGUGCAGAAGCUAAAAUCCAGAGCAAUUUGAAUGAAUUAGAAACAUCUUUAAAGGUUUCUCCUGGUUUGAAGAUGAUAACACCACAAGAAAAAACUUGGUUAAACUUAAACAAUUUAGGAUGUUUCUUUAGAAAGCAAUUGAACUCAUUUUUUGAACAUUUUCUAAAAUACCAAAAAUAUGUUUUUAAUCCAGUUCAUUUGAGACCAGAGAAACCAGUGUUAUUUGUGUGUCCAUAUAUAUAUAAUGGUCCUGUGUUGGUAAUUCCUUGGUGUAUGAUGAAUGAGAUUUACAGACUUCUUAGUCUCAGAAAUGCAAACAUUGAGUCUGAACAUCCCAUUACAACACGGCUAGCUAGCGAUGGAUUUUUUAGUGAUAAUAGUGGGAUUGUUUCUUGUGUUUUCUGUGGCAGUAUCAUAUGUGAUAACCUUUUUUUGUCACAAUCCCAUGAAGAACUUACCACUUUCUUGGACAGUCAUUGUAUACAGUGCAUGCUUUUAAGAAGAAAUAAUAUACCAUUGGACAAUUAUGGUAGUCAUUUUAAUUUGGCAGAUCUAAUGGCCUCAAGCGAUAUGCAGUUGAUUUAUUUAGUGCCUUCUGGAAGCUCGCAUCCUGCACAUGGAGCCAGGUAUACUUGUCCAAUGGCUAGAUGGUUUCAUGAUCAUUUUCAAGAAAUAGUGCCUUCUGGGAGGCGUCUUCCUCAAGCAUCAUCAGCUGGACUACCACAACCUGAUCUUACUCAAGCUGUGAUUGUUCAACAAGGACCAAUACCUAGUGAUGGACAGUCUGUAACCAGUGGAAACAUCCCGGCUGUAUCACCUUCAACGGUUGAGCAAGCUGUUGUACCUGCCAGUAGAACAAUUGCCUCAGCUGUAAUACCAAGGAGUUAUGUUAAUCCUCCCCCUCAGUCAUGUCACAUGGCUGAGGGGGAGUCACCGCAACAGAUGGAGGAAAUAAAUGGUGACAUGGCUGAGGGGGAGUCACAGCAACAGAUGGAGGAAAUCAGUGAGGAGCAACCCCUAAAUGGUAUAGGAACUGGGGCUGGAGAAGAAAUUAUUAGAGGAGAGUUAUCUAGCAAUAGUGAUGCGCAUGUUGGAGUGGAGGACAACACUCGUGUUGAUGUUGGAAGACAGUUACCUGAACCAAGAGUGGAAGGAAAUUUUGAUUUUGCAGAAAAGACAGGAACAAACAGGGCUGAGGAAGACAAUCGGAUCAUAACUGACAUUUGUAGAGAUCAUGGUACUGGCGCUGAAGCUACAGCUAGGAUAAGGGUUCCUGAGAUGAGUGACUUUGAUGCGAGAAUGGCUUCAUUUAUUCCAUGUCGUCACCAGUUUAACCAGACACCACAGGCGUUCACUAUAGCUGGUCUCUUUUAUACAGGUGACAGAGAUCAAGUCAGAUGUUUCAUGUGUGGUGGUUGUUUAGACCAAUGGGAAGAAAUGGAUAAUCCAUUUUUGGAGCAUGUGAGACAUUAUCCUCAGUGUGAGUUUAUCUGGAACUUUGUCAUUGACUUACAGAUGCACAAUGAUCCUUUGUUGCCACAUGUGAUAGAUGCGUUUGUUAUGUCAAGUGCUGGAUCGGCAGCUGCAGCAGAUGGUUAUACACAUCGGCAAAUAUAUAAUGCUGUGGAUCGUCUUAUUGUCAACAGAGACUUCAUCACAUAUGAGAAUAUAAUUGGGAUGCUCAGAGACAUGGGCGAGUCACCAAGGCGUUAGUUUGUGUGAUAAUUUAGCGGAUGAGAAGUUUAAGAGUAGAACAUUUUGAACAUUUCCUAAAGAGAACGAAGAGAAUUUUUAUCAAGCACUUCUACAAGUGGAACAAAAACUUUGAAGGAUUGAGAAAAAGAAGACAGAUUAUAAUUGUAUACAUAAAUAAUAAAGGAAAUUAUUCACAAACAUUAUAAGUGUAACUUCUGAUAGCAUGAUUGUAUGGCUUGUGUAUUUUAACGUAAAGAAAAGCUUAUCUAUAGGAAAAUGGAUAAACUUGAGAAUAUUCAUAAUUAUAGCCCCCCUGGGCAAUUUAUUUUGUUAAAUUUCUUCUAAAAUAGAUUAUUAGAAAUUUAAGUGAUUGGUUACAGUUAUAAAGAUUCACAAUACCAAAGUUAUUCAAACAUUGUUAUGAUCUAUGGUUAUUGGAGAUUUUUUUUUCUGAGAUUAUGUUUUUUUAUUACAGCUGUUUUUAUUUAUUUUAUUUAUUUUUUUAUUUAUUUAUUAUUAAUUUUAGGCAUCAGGACAUAAAUUAAAAUCAAUUUUAAUCAUGGAAAUAGCAUUCUUUAUCUGAUUUUUUUUAAGAUGAGUUUAAAAUACUCACAAAUUGAGAUUAGAUUUUAGCUUAUGGCAGCAUGCCUUUAGGUUCAUGCUUUUCCUCAUGUAAAUUUUGAAAAUGUAUUUAAAAGUAAAAAUAUUGUAAAGUGAACAAGGAAGUUAUUUACAUUUUGCAAACAGCAUUUACAUUCCACAUUAAUCUCCAAAAUGAGGUCAAAAUAUGCAAAAAUAGCCUUGAUUGCAUUAGUCCUGCAGUAGAAAAAUUGUGAUGAAUACUGUGAUAUAGCAAUAUGCUAACACCAAGAAACUAAAACCAAUAAUUUUGUUUAAGAUUUUUAUUCCAAACACAUGACUGUGAUCUUGAAAAAAUAAAUUGUGAUAUAAGUGUUAGUUCACUAUAAUAUAGUGCUCUUUUAAUCUAUUUAUUUUUAUCAUCUUUUACCAACAGCUAUGAAUUGUUGGCUUUUAAACUUCAAAUGUGUCUGGUUUUUAAAAAGGGCUUUUGUUGUUGAUAUAUAAGUUAUGUUUAUGUUUAACAUAAAUGCUAUUUAUACAUUAAUAUUCUUAUUUAAAAUUUAAAUAAAACAGUUUGUAAAUAGACAUAACUUUUUAAACUGUGAAUUUGAUAUUAUAGCUUAAGAGACAGUAAUAACAUACAAGGUAAAGUGUAUUACUUGAAGUUAUAAGUGUAACCUUGAUUAAUGUAGACAGUGUUUUACAGUAAUACAUUUUACUUAUAAUGUAUAUUAAUUAGUGAUAAUGAUUAAGUGCCAUAUGGUAUUUUAUCCCACCCGGGACUUUGGUUUCUUUCAUGUUGCCAUAUGACCUUUACAUUGUUGGUGCGACAUAAAACCCAACCUGAAAAAAUGUUUGUGACACUGGUUGUUAUAUCAGACCAUGUUUUUGUUUAUGAGCUGAUAAUGUAUGUGUUUAUUCAUUAAUAAGAGAAAGUGCUAUUUUAUCUUUGAUACACAAAGACAUCAAAAUGUAUUAUGUCUGUGCUUGGUUAACAUUGUUUCAUAUAUGGUUAUAUUCUCUUUUAUCAUGGAUAUCAGUCAUUUUUUUUUUCUAAAUGAUCAGAAUUUAUCUAAAUAGUUUGUUAAACCAUUAAUAAAUAUUUUGCUUUUUUCUUAUUCCAAUAGAAUUGUAUAUAAUGAUUUGAUAGUAUAUUGAUGAUUAGAGAUGUAAAGAUUAAUGAUGUAAUCAUUGCGUUGGGAUUUUCCUUAUCCGCACAUAAUGUAUACAGCAGAAAAAAAUGGCAAAUCAUCACUAUGUUAUACAUACAGAAUUCACGUUGUAUCUAUAUAAUUAUAGCAAUACACAAUCAAUUUUUUUUUCUGAUAAGAAUAAUGUGAUGAAUACAACCAUUGUCAUAGAUAGUAGGAAACUUGACUUUUGGGUAUUUUGAUGUUGUUGUUUUUUUUGCUGUUGUAUUUUUUACUGUCAUACUGUCAUAAUGAUAGUUUAUUUUAUAUCUUAAAGCAGUUAGCCUGCUUAGCUCAAUAGAGAAAGCAUGAAUGUAUAAUCCAGUGGUCGCUGGUUUGAUUCUCCAGUGAGAAGGAAAUUUGUCCAUGAAAAUUGAUCCCAGACCUUGUGUCUAAUGGCCAUUUGUCUCUCACCUCUGAUUCAGAAAUCAUGUGGGAUUAGUAGUCUGUCGCUUGCAGAGAAAUUGGUCAUUACUGGUUAGUUAUCCAGGAAAACCUGCUAGAUGAAAUUAAUGCGUUAAAGUAAGCGUAAAAUUGAGAGAAAAAAUAUAAAAAAAAUUUAAAAUUAAAAAAAAAAAAAAUUAUUACCAGUACAUGUAGAUGUGCUUUAAUCUAUGUUAAACUACAUUGAGUGUAGAAAUGUUUGCAUAAAUGCCAUGAAUACCAUGACAUUUGUUUUAUAAAAAAGAAAGAUGAGAGACAAAUAUAUAUGCUAUAAGUAUGUUCAAACAAGGAACCAUGUUUUGUGCUCAGCACCAAUGUGAUAGUUUCAGAAUUAUUAAGUCAUUGUACCUCCUGCUCAACACAGUAGGAAGGUGAGGGUUACAUGCUGGAAUCAGCUUGCAUGUCCCACUGCUAAUCUGUCUGACAUUUGUUUUUGUUUGUCUUGCAGAUAUCAUGUCAAAUCAUGUUAAGAUUUUAGCUCGACUUUUCAGUAGUGGGACUGACCUUCUCAUUAAUGCAUCUUGGUGAAACUUUGGUUAAUGUUUUCCCUGCAUAUUUUUGUACUUCUUAUUUCAUGCUUUCCAGUGUUUUAUUGUAAUAUAUCAGAUGAUUAUAUUCUGAUAAACCACUAGUGAAAUUUAUAAAAUAUAAUUAUCACAGUAGCCGGACUAUAUCUGAAUGCGGAUGAAUAGAAAAUCAUAAAGAAAUGGAAUAAAAGGCAGAAAUAAAUGCUGUCAUGCGUAAAUUUUGAUCCUUUAGGAAAAGAAAGUCGAUGUCACGAUACAUCAUAUUAAAAAUGUAACAAAAUUAGACAAAAUUUAACAGAACUAUAUUUCAAAAUUAAUGAUGUGACGUCAUGAUGUGAUGACAUCACAAAGGAGAAUGCGCGACGUUACGCGGCAAAAUAGGUAAAAAAUACUUAAAAUCACUUAAAAAGCAUGAAAUAAAAAGAAAAUAUAUUUGUUUUACAUAUAAGAUUGAAAUAUAUUUCAUUCGUGAACACCAGCUAUUAUAUUUUCACUCGUGGCUACGCCACUCGUGAAAAUAUUUCAUCUGAUGUUUACUCAGUGAAAUUAUAUUUCAGUCUUACAUGCAAAACAAACAAAUAUCCUCUAUAUAUAUAUCAUGAAGCCUAUCGUAUAGUACAUUGUAUUAUCUAGGCUGAAAGAUGGUUUUUUUUCCUCUUAUAAAGAGGUGUACAUGAUGUAAUUUGUAAGUAAACAAAUUUAAGAUUAUAGUUUAAGAGGUCACUAUUAGUGUCAAGGUAGUGGACUAGAAUUAGAACCGACCUUGUACUAAUUGUAAGUUUGUUACUUAAAUUGGUUAUACCAAAGACAAUUUUAAAGUUGUAGUUUGAUCUAUGACCGGUAUCAGUAUAAUUAGACUGGUUUGAGAGUUAUGUCAAUGUGUCUAUGACGUGACUUCAGAGCAGUACUGUAAACAGGGUUCAUACAGACAUGGAAAUAUGGAAAAUUACACUAAAUAUGGAAAAUUACUCUUUGCAUGGAAUUAUCAUGAAAAAUCAUACUUAGCAUGGAAUUAUCAUGAGUUUUAUAGAGUGAAAGUUAAUUAUGGAUCUUUUAAAUUUAUAUAUGCAUGUAAUAUUAAACUAAAAUUUCCUGAAUUUCAUAUAAUCAUAAAAAUUCAAUUUCAAAAGAUGUUUGUUCAUUACCAAUGGUGUAUUUUCUUCUGGUACAAAUUUUGAAGAUGAAAUAGAUUAAAAUGAACAUUACACAAUUUUCACUGUUAUAUUAUUACUACAGGUACCUUUGUGGAAAAUAUUGUAUUAUGAAUAUGUAAUUUUGUGUCUUAGAGGUCAUGGAAAAUUAAUGGACAUCAUAGAAUUUGAAUUAUUACAUGUCUGUAUGAACCCCUGUUUAACACUGUUUGCCUAUAUGAGAAUAGAAAAUGCUGUCAUCUCUUCUACUCAAUCAUUUGAUGCACAGAUGUCUUCACUUUGUAAAUGUGCUUGUUUAUGAUAUAUUUUUAACUCUUUAAGAUAAGAUACGUAAAUAUUUAUUGAAAAACUUAACGGAGAAAAAAUAAUUUUAUUUAUUAGAAUUUUGAUAUGUUGAAAUAAGGAAGAGGUCAUUAUAUGUUUAUAGAAAAGGUAGCUGCAUUUUCGGCAAGAUUUGAGAAAAUAUUUAAAAAAAAAAUAAUUGGUUAUUUGUUACUUAAUAUUAUUGUUUGGUUUUUUAUUAAAGUAUUGUCUUUCAAUUCAAUAUUGUGAACAAGCAUGUAUUGCCUGAAUUAAACAAGCAUUUUUUUUUCUUUUUGUAUGGUCAAAACAGGCAUUUGAAGUUAGGUUUAGAGUAACUCUUAUUCUUUCUUGAUAUUUUAGAGUGAUAUGAAUGUACAUAACAGCUUGUCUUUCUGCAUAAUUUAAUAAAAACAGGAGUGAAAGAUCUAGGAAUGGAGAAAAAACUAACAGCAAAACUAAAACUGAAUUGGUGUUUUUAAUUUCCUGAGCUUUGAAUUUUGAACAGUCCAUAUGAAAACUCAUUGAAUUCAAUAUCAAAAUACAAAACUUGAGCUCCAACUUAAAAAAAAGUUCCUUGGCCUCGUCAGAUUGCAUGAAUGUGUGGACUGACGACGCUCUUUACUGGUGACAAAGGAUGUUAACUUUCAGUUUGAGAAGUGUAACAAUUAGAAAUAAAACUGACAUCUUGUCUGUGAUAUGCAGGCUUCAUAGCCUCUGAUCCUCUUUCAAAAUUCCAUUUUAUUUAGUUCCGCCCAUUGUUUUCUCGUUUAGGGCACACGCAUUCUAUUACUUAGGGACCAUACACCUCUUUUCAUGGAAUAGUACAAAUGUGUCACAUUGAAGGUUUCAUGAAUAUGAAAACAUCUCCAGAUGUUUCUAAAUUCAAAAUUUCACCAUUUUCGUGUUUAAAUGUUGAAUUCUGCUUAAGUCUUUGCUAGGGGGCGUGGACGGUAACUUGCACUUUCCAGUACUGUCCAUGAACAGGCUCAAUCAAACCGAGCCUGCAAUAUUUUCAAUUUUGCAGUGUUGGGCUUUCUUUAGGGAUUCUGUUUUUCUCUAUUGUAACAUAAAGCAAUGUUUAGCUAUAUUAGUUGAUUGUCAAAGAAGUGUUGUUCAUGAAAGUGGUCAUACAAGAGUUUUAGAAUGUUUUAAGUAAAAAAAAAUUCCUUUGUCAUUUUAUCAUAUCAAAUGAUGAAGCUGAUUAAAGCUAGAUAUGUUUUGAUAAAUUUGUUAGUUUUUUAUC